AUGGAGGUUCCGCUUUUGCAUCCCGGAUCUACCACGCUAGAGUUACUGUUGCUACAGGGCGAGCAUAAAUCGUCCUACAUAUGGGAGGGACAGUUACUGGCCCAGACAUUUCGCACCAGGAGACUGGAUUGGUCGUUGAUCACGGCCCUGAUAGAGCGGUGGAGACCGGAGACGCACACAUUCCAUUUGUCCAUUGGCGAGGCCACUAUCACGCUUCAGGACGUGGAGGUCCUGUAUGGGCUGCCCGUUGAUGGACACCCUGUUGCUUUGUCGAAUGCCAUCAGAGAGAAUACGGGUUUGCAAUACCUGGAGAUGCUGCAACGGCUCACCGGUUUCCAGCCACCGGAUGAGACUGCAUUGAUUGGGGCCAGUCAUAUGCAGUUGACGCCCGUCCGGCAGCAUUUGGAGGCGAUGCACGCUGACAUCACAGAUUAUACACCGGAGCUUCAUAUUUACCGGUACACGAGGUUGCUGCUGCUGCUUAUGUUUGGAGGGGUUUUGUUCCUGAACACAUCAGGGAACCUAGUCAGAUUGAGAUCUCUUCUUCAUCUUGAGCGGCUAGAUGAUUUAUAUCAUUACAGUAGGGGUGCUGCUAUUCUCGGUUACUUGUACAGGCAAAUGUGCCGAGCGAGCAUGGGCACCCAACGAGACGUUGCUGAAUUUUUAUCGCUACUACAGGGAUUUGUUGGAUUUGCUGGAGGGCACACAGGCAAUUGGCCUAAAUCUGUUCCACCAACUGGGACUGUAGAUGCAGCAGUAUACCGCGAGGGAGCAACCGCUUUGCAUGAGUAUGGCCGACAGGUUAACGAUUUGGCUUCCCAGACAUUGAGGCGAUCCCGAGUUGAUGAGCACUUAGGAUACCAGGCUGAUUAUGUGGUGCCAGAGCAGUACCAUCGUGGGCUAGCAGUGGAACCGGAACGUGGUCGACGUGGUAGGCGUGCCCCAUGA